AUGGUGCACACCGGCCAGAUUGCUGCUGCGGCAGGUGGGCUGCAUCUAGACUCCGAGAACGACCCGGCUGACUCCCGACCUCGUCCAGGACGCCCAUCGUUGCGGUCGACCUCAAUAGGUUCCUUCCGCGCAGGCUCGCCGUUACCGACUCUGCAGUCCACUGGCAGAAGCCUUCUCCGCCGCAUGUCAACACAUUAUCAUUACCAAACUUUCCCGACACCACCGCCGAAAACACCGGGCCUGCAACGCCAUGGCUCCAGUUCGUCCAUGUCCGACGCCGGGGCUGACAAACACCGCUCCACGCCGUUACCCGUGAAGCAGCUGGCUCUUCUGGCCGUUCUAUCGUUAGCUGAACAAACAGCUCUAAACUCGAUAUCGCCUUACUUGCCCGAGAUGGUAAAAUCAUUUCCAGGCGUUGACGAGGGCAAAGUCGGGGUGUACGUUGGCACCCUUGCCUCUGCAUUCGCCCUUGCGCAACUCACGACGAAUUUGGCCUGGGGCUGUCUGUCUGAUGUCAUCGGACGCAAGCCCGUGAUGUUGCUGGGUACAUCGCUGCUCUGCCUAUGCUUUGUCCUGUUUGGUUUUUGCACCAGGUACGCGCAUAUCGUGACGGUUCAUGUCGCGAUGGGGCUGUUGAACGGAAAUGCGGCAGUUGUUCCCACCUGCCUGGGCGAGCUCACGGACCGAAGCAAUCAAAGCAAGGCAUUUACAUGGUUGCCGGUGGUGUACAGCUUAGGAAGCAUCACUGGCCCCGCGCUCGGUGGUCUGUUGGUCGGUACAGUGGCUGCGGACAAAUACCCCUACUUGGCUCCCAAUAUCCUUGGCGCUUCCCUUCUUGCCGUCAGCGUUGUUGUUUUGGCUCUCUGGUUCGACGAGACGUUAGAAGAACAAGGUGAUGGUUUUCAAUGGUCGGAGAAGCUCGGCUGGCUAUUUUGCUGCGUGAAGCGGACCAAGAAGAAUUUGCGGCGUUCCCUGAGCUCGACAUGGUUGCGCAGACAACGGGAUCGCGCAGCCGAGGAAGCCCCAGACAACGAAACAAGUGAAGAACGUCGAUUGUUGGGCCCGGCUUCUGCUGAAGGCGAAGACGACCCCAAAAGCCCGUCUGACGUGGCGGUAUGGCAUUGUGUCUUCAAUCGAACGACUAUCACGCUCCUCAUCACCUACCUGUUUUUCCAACUGUCAAACAUCUCGUUUGGCAGCUUGUAUCCGCUUUUUGCUUCAGAAGAUCCACCCACUGGGCGAGGACUACAUCCUGAUGUCAUUGGGAUCUCUCUUUCCGUGGCAGGAAUUCUCACCGUCUUGUUCCAGCUAUUCAUCUUCAGGUCUCUGAAAGCAAAAUUGGGUAACCUGGGCUCGUACCGCGGAUCGCUGCUAGGUUUCGCAGUGGCUAUGGCCUUGAUGCCAUGGGUUGGAUAUGCAGAUUCCAAUCCGCCAUGGGGACUCGGCAGCAGCAAGAGCUGGCUCUACGUUGAGAUGGGGGCCGUGCUGGUCAUCCGGAACAUAUGUGCGGUUGGCGGCCUGUCGAGCGUGAUGUUAUUGAUCACCAACUCGGCCCCCACCCAUGCGGUCUUGGGCACAUUGAAUGGAAUCGCGCAGACACUGUCGGCAUUAGGCCGGAGUUUCGGCCCGCUCAUUGCCGGAAGCCUCUUCAGUAUCUCGAUAGGGGUCGAGCCCAAAGGCGAAGCGCUUGCCUGGGGCCUUUUCGGCGGAAUCGCCCUUGCGGGCUGGCUAGGAACCUGGGCCAUCCGCGGAGAAGGUCUAGAAAGCAUUGAUGACGGGUUUGAGGAAGCAGAAUCGCACCCCGAUACAGAAGACGCAUGA